UUCAAUGAGACUCUAUGUUGCUGCAUAGUUGGGAUUGCAUUAUGUGUUCUUCAAAUGAGUUUUGGUUUUUCAGGUUAUGCCCCUAUGGUGCGAGAAUAAGGAAGACACAUUUGAGGCCUUGGUAGCGAGGUGGGUUGGCGAAGACGCCGACUUCAACGCCAAGAGCGCGCGCAACAAGGCAAACCGGGGCACUGGAGGAACACAUAGUGCGGGAAGCCGCAGCACUGAGCGCUACAGGAAGCACAAGGAGGCGGAACUCGGGGAGCCUCUCACCGAGGUGGGAGGGUGGCAGAAGAUGAAGCUGAAGCAGCCCGAUCUGAGCCAGCCUCAGCCCUCGCUGCCCGAGUACUACGGCUUUGCCGAAGAGGAGUUGGACAAGUACUGCUCGGUGUUCAAGGGUCUUCAUCCGGAGGUGGAUGAUCCUAUUGAGCAGGAGACCGACUUGACGGCGAUUAUGGUGGCGGGGAGCGGCUCGGAGCAUGGCCGCACGAAGCUUCUUAGUGGGGUGAUCAAGCCGCAGAGGACCCUCACGCAGAUCAGGUCUACCCUCACCGCCGGCGACCCACCGGUCGCGCCUCCUCGACACCGUCGUACGGAUGCUCACUUUGAGGCCGCCUACGCGGCCGCUUAUGAGAACUAUUUGACGGUUGUAGCAGAGUGGGACCUCAAGAGAGCGGCUUGGGAAGAGUACCAGGAGGCGACGAGUCGUGUAAGUUCCAAUCUUUUAUGGUUCGAAGACAUGACAAGUCCCACCUCCCCUUUUUUUAUAUCUGCGGCGCUUGACAUCUAA